CAAGACAAUAUAGACAAUUAAUAAGCAAAGUACACACAAAUACACAUAAACACUAAAUAUAGAUAAAGAACAGGGAAGAAAGAAAUAAAGAGAUGUCGGAUUGGGGGCCAGUGUUGAUGGCUGUGGUACUGUUCGUGCUAUUGAGUCCAGGGCUAUUGUUUCAAUUACCUGGUAGGCAGAGAAUUGUGGAGUUUGGGAACAUGCAGACCAGUGGCCUCUCCAUACUUGUUCAUACAAUCCUCUAUUUUGGACUCAUUACUAUUUUCCUUAUUGCUAUCGGAGUUCACAUCCACACUGGCUAGUUUCAUACUUAAUUUGUUGUGCUUCGGCUUUUCUUUGGGGUUGAUCGAGACAACUUUUUUUUUCUUUAAAUUGUUUCAAUUUAAUCGGAUGUAAUGGAACAAGUUGUGUUUUUUGUUUCAUUGUUAUGAUGCAAUUGUACUACUGAUAUAUAAUGUUGUAUUCGCGCUUGUUUUUUGGCAAUUAA